UAUAAACAAAAGGGAAAGAAAAGAAAAUUCAUCAACAGUGAAAAUAGCAGAACAGGGAUUUUGGGAUUUGGGAGAGAAAUCAAAAUCAAAAUCAAAUUAAAGGAAAUCAAUGGGGAAGCAAGUGAAGAUGAGGGCGGUGAUAUACUCACUUUCACCAUUUCAACAGAAGGUGAUGACCGGACUUUGGAAAGAUCUGCCCGGCAAGAUCCACCACAAGGUCUCCGAGAAUUGGAUCAGCGCCACUCUCCUCCUCGCUCCUCUCGUCGGAACUUACUCCUAUGUGCAGCAUUUUCAAGAAAAGGAGAAGUUGGAGCACAGGUACUGAGUUUGUGCAUAUAAUCAAAGGAUGGUUUGGCUUUUUGUGGAAGAUCUCAUAAUUUCUUGUUUUACUGGCAAUAAGAUGAAUGCUUGGCUGUUCACUGCAGCUUUUGUUAGUUAGCAAACUUCUGCUAUGAACUUAAUUUUGCCGAUAUUAACUCUAUAUUUUGUACUUAAUUUGUUACUGGAUUGUUAAAUAUUCACCAAAUAUGGAGUUACUUUUUUUUUUUUCCA